AUGGCUCUCUUCCCCCAAAGCUUCUACAACGCCGACGCCUCCUUCACACCCCUCUUCCGUCUUCUUGAUGACUUUGACAAGUACUCUCGCAGCGGAAGCAGCGGAAACACCUCAGGCGGCCGAGCCUCACGAAUCUCUCAUUGGCAACCAAAGUUUGACGUUCGGGAGACCUCGGGCGCAUAUCAUCUCCACGGCGAGCUGCCCGGCCUGACCAAGGACCAAGUUUCCAUCGAGUUCCCUGAGCCGCAGAGCCUGGUUAUUCGCGGCAAGACCGAGCGCACUUACACCGGCAAUUCACCCACCGGCCUCCUCGAGUCUGCGGGCAAUCCAGCGGCCAUCACCGAGACUGGCGAGUCUCCAAAGUCGCAACAAGCCACGGUUGUGGACGAAAACGCCACCGAUUCAACCCCAAAGGACGAGCCUGCAGCUCCAGCCGAUAAGGCGAAGUACUGGAUCACUGAGCGCAGCAUUGGAGAGUUCUCACGCCACUUCAACUUCCCUGCUCGCAUCGACCGGGAUGCUGUCACUGCCAGCCUGAGUGAUGGCAUCUUGACCAUUGAUGUCCCGAAAGCGAAGAAGCCUGAAACGCGACGCAUCGCAAUCAACUGA